AAUUGAAAUCUUUAAGUUCGUGCACUGUGCAUUUUUUUCAUUUACUUUAUGCAUAUUGGUGUUUGUGUGUUUUCUCUAUCAAACAUAGCGUUUUCCGGCAAGAUAAUAGUAUAUUAAAAAACACAAAUUUAUUAUUACCGGCCAAUAAGCGGAGUUAUUCACGGAAAAACAUCUGUCUGAGCUGACAAAAUGUCUAUCGAAAUCGAAUCGGCUGACGUCAUUCGUUUAAUCCAGCAAUAUCUAAAAGAAUCAAACCUUCAUAAAACGCUCCAAACACUACAGGAAGAAACAGGUGUUUCACUAAACACAGUCGAUAGCGUCGAAGGAUUCGUUUCCGACAUUCACAAUGGUCAUUGGGAUACAGUUCUGAAGGCGAUACAAUCACUGAAGCUUCCGGAUAAAAAGCUAAUUGACCUGUACGAGCAGGUGGUGCUGGAGCUAAUUGAACUGCGGGAGCUGGGUGCUGCCAGGUCGCUGUUGCGUCAAACGGAUCCUAUGAUUAUGCUAAAACAGCAGGAAGCAGAACGAUACAUUCAUUUGGAAAACAUGUUGCAGCGGGCGUAUUUUGAUCCAAGAGAAGCCUAUCCGGAGGGUGGCAGCAAGGAAAAACGUCGGGCGGCGAUUGCAACGGCUUUAGCUGGUGAAGUGUCGGUGGUUCCAUCUUCAAGAUUGCUCGCUUUACUUGGUCAAGCGCUAAAAUGGCAACAGCAUCAAGGCUUGCUACCUCCCGGUACAACCAUCGACUUGUUCCGCGGUAAGGCGGCCAUCAGGGAUCAGGAGGAUGAACAGUAUCCGACACAAUUAUCUCGACAGAUAAAAUUUGGCCAGAAAAGUCACGUCGAAUGUGCACUGUUCUCCCCAGACGGUCAGUAUUUGGUUACCGGAAGUGUCGAUGGAUUCAUCGAAGUGUGGAAUUUUACAACUGGUAAAAUACGAAAGGAUUUGAAGUAUCAAGCACAGGAUAAUUUUAUGAUGAUGGAACAGGCAGUUUUGGCAAUGUCCUUUUCGCGUGAUUCGGAAAUGUUAGCCACAGGAUCGCAAGACGGCCAAAUCAAAGUUUGGAAAUUAAUUACUGGCCAGUGUUUGCGGCGGUUCGAGAAAGCCCACACUAAAGGAGUUACUUGCUUGCAAUUUUCUCGUGACAACAGCCAAAUUUUAACAGCUUCGUUUGACCAUCUAAUCCGUUUGUAUGGAUUGAAAUCCGGGAAAAUGCUCAAAGAAUUUCGAGGGCAUACUUCUUUUGUGAAUGAAGCCGUUUUCUCACCAGAUGGACAUAAUGUCCUCAGCGCUUCUUCUGAUGGAUCUGUCAAAAUUUGGUCACUGAAAACAACGGAGUGCGUGUCAACUUUCAAAGCGCUUGGCAGUGAGUUAGCCGUAAACUCAGUGUUAAUGCUGCCGAAAAAUCCGGAGCAUUUCGUUGUUUGUAAUCGCUCUAACACCGUUGUCAUUAUGAACAUGCAGGGUCAAAUUGUUCGUUCGUUCUCGUCCGGUAAACGUGAAGGUGGUUCUUUCAUUUGUGCUACCAUUUCUCCCCGAGGAGAGUUUAUUUACUGCGCUGGCGAAGAUCUUGUGUUGUACUGUUUUUCGGUAACAUCCGGUAAGCUCGAACGAACAUUGAAUGUCCACGAUAAGGAUGUAAUAGGGCUAACUCAUCAUCCUCACCAGAAUCUGCUGGCGACAUACAGUGAAGACGGAUUGCUUAAAAUGUGGAAGCCUUGAACACAUUUCUGAUAAGUGUAGCAGAACUGACAUUAUAUUUCUAAGUUUGACAUUAGUAACAAAGAUCGAUAAAUAGAAAUACCCGAACUUCAA